GCUCAUCUGGAUUUUGAGUUUUUCUUCCUCAUCUUCUUCUUCUCGGGUCAGGUCUUCUGGGGGGGAAUUUUCACUUGAAUGAGGCGAAUUACUGUCAAGUCUGGGGGUAAAAGGUGUGUGGGCUUCCUUGUCUUCCUCGCCCCCUACUCCCCCUUUUUCUCCAUCUUUUCCCCUUAGUACCUGUACGUGUGAUCCAUCAUCCAACAAGAACUGUUCGAGACAUUUGUCCCAUCAUCAACCAACCCAACUGCAACCCAUACAUCGUGUACACACACACGACCAUAAACACAAAACACCCCCGUACACCACACUACUACGUACGUACGUACUCCUCACGCUCCGUCACAGCCAACAGUACACAUCAACCCCAGACCAUCCAUCCAUCCAUCCACCCAUCCACCCAUCCCUAGAAGCCGCUGCCUUUCCCCGCGCGGGCUGAUGGGUCGCCGAGCGAGUGGAGCGUAGCGCGUCCCUAGUCCCGGAUUUCCAUGCGUGGAUUGGUGGUUCCAAGAGGAUUCUUCUCGUUUGCUUGUUGGGGGUUCAUGUUCUUGCAUUGAGCUCCAUGAGGUCGACAUCAUACACGUUUCUCCUCCCGCCACUCCAGGAAUCGAAUUUGAGCGAGCCAGUGAGAGGCCGCGCCCCCCCGAACGACUACCUUGCCUCCUCCUAAGGGAAGCAUCGCCAUCAGUCAGUCCCUUGGCGUGAGAGGCAUCGGGUUGAUUGCGUUGGACAGAGAGGAAUAUAAGAUGCCUGGUUAUCCCGUCUGGACUUGACUUCAUCAUCAGCAGCAGAAGCAGCACGCUCACUGGAUCGAGAUCGACCUGAGCCGGAACGUCUCUUGCCUCUCUCUCUCUCCUUCAGAUCAAAGUUUUUUUUUUUUGAACAACCAGCUCGAGGCCUUUCAAAUAGGAUCGAGUUCGAGUCCGCCACCUUCCUCUGGGCACAUCGGUUUCUUGCUUCUCUGGCAUAAUCCGAGUGAACGACGCAACAACCCGCGACAUUAUGGUGCUCUUCAGCUCAUCCGAGCCCAAGGCGGCUCCCGCCGCCGUCGAGAUGGACCCCGAGGUCACGCGGCGCAUGUCCAUGGCCGACGUCGACGCCGCCGGCCUGGCCACCGAGGCCGCCAACGCGACCGAGGCCGAGCUCGGCAUGGGCCUCAUGCAGUCCAUCCGGCUGUAUCCCAAGGCCGUCUUCUGGUCGCUCUUCUUCAGCACCGCCGUCAUCAUGGAGGGCUUCGACAAGACGCUCAUCGGCAACCUCUACGCCUACGACGUCUUCCAGCGCAAGUUCGGCGAGCGCCAGCCCAACGGCUCCUACGAGCUGACGGCCGCCUGGCAGGCCGGCCUCAGCAACGGCGCCCUCGUCGGCGAGAUCACCGGCCUAUUCCUCAACGGCAUCAUCGCCGAGCGCUUCGGCUACCGCAAGACCAUGAUCGGCGGCCUCAUCGCCGUCACGGCCUUUGUCUUCAUUAUCUUCUUCUCCGAGUCACUCGUCCAGCUCCUGAUCGGAGAGAUCCUCAUCGGUAUUCCCUGGGGCAUCUUCCAGACCUUGACCGUCACCUACGCCUCCGAGGUCUGUCCCACCCAUCUGCGGGCGUACCUUACAACCUACGUCAACCUCUGCUGGGUCAUGGGCCAGCUCAUCGCCAGCGGCGUCCUCCGGGCAAUGAUUCAGCGCACCGACGAAUGGGGCUACAAAAUCCCCUUCGCGCUGCAGUGGAUGUGGCCCGUCCCCCUCAUCAUCGGCAUCUUUUUCGCCCCCGAGUCUCCGUGGUGGCUCGUCCGCAAGGAGCGCCUCGAGGACGCCAAGGCCUCGCUCCUGCGGCUGACGAGCCGCAACCAACAGCAGCAGGGCUUCAACCCGGACGAGACGGUCUCGAUGAUGGUCCACACCAACGAGCUCGAGAAGGCGGCCCAGAGCGGCACGACGUACGGCGACUGCUUCAAGGGCAUCGACCUGCGCCGCACCGAGAUCGUCUGCUGUGUCUGGGCCAUCCAGACGCUCUGCGGUUCGACCUUUAUGGGGUACUCGACCUACUUCUACCAGCAGGCCGGCAUGGCCAAGGAGAACUCGUUCAGCAUGUCCCUGGGCCAGUACGCCAUCGGCGCCAUCGGUACCGUCUUCUCAUGGUUCCUGAUGCAGCACUUUGGUCGGCGGACGCUCUACCUCACGGGCCAGGCCAUCAUGUGCGCCGUCCUCGCCACCAUCGGCUUCGUCUCCUUCGCCGGCAGGGAAAACGUCGCCGCGCAGUGGGCCAUCGGCAGCCUGCUGCUCGUCUACACCUUCUUCUACGACUGCACCGUCGGCCCCGUGUGCUACUCGCUCGUCUCGGAGCUCAGCUCGACGCGGCUCCGGACCAAGACGGUGGUGCUGGCGCGCAACCUGUACAAUAUCACGGGCAUCGUCACCAACAUCCUGACGCCACUAAUGCUCAAUCCAUCGGCGUGGAACUGGGGUGCCAAGAGCGGCCUCUUCUGGGCCGCCAGCUGCUUCAUCUGCUUUGUCUGGACCUGGUUCCGCCUGCCGGAGCCCAGGGGCCGCACCUACGGCGAGCUCGAGGUCCUGUUCGAGCAGCACCUGCCGGCGAGGAAGUUCCGCAAGACGGAAGUUGCCGGGUUGACGCGAGGAGCGCAUCAUGACGACAAGUUGUCGGAGAAGGAAGCCGAGGCCGGUGUCAGUGAGAUUGAGAAGACAGCGUCAUCAUAGAGGAGGGGGCUGACACGUUGUCUUUGACAGGAGGAGGAGCUUAAUGGACCUUUGGGCUAUUUCUAUAGCAAGCUUUGAAUUCUGGUGUCUUUGAUUUGGUCAAUACAUGGCAAGCAUUGUUGGCAUUAUUAAUAAUCGGCAUAUCUUAAACAUCACAAGCUGUUUGUAUAAUCAAAAGCAUUCUUUUUUUGUCUUUGUAUGAACCCAUCUUACGACAGCUUAAGCUCUUUAGCUAGAAUAUGAAUGUUAGUAGCCAUCCUCAACAGCUAAUACCAGAGGCAGGGCUAACAGAACGAGAAGCUGCCAUUUCACUCCCCAUGAGGUCAUUGUUGCAGGUGGCCAAU